UUCUCUACUACAAAUACAUUAUACAAAGAAAGGAAAUUCUCUCUGUUUUUCCACAAGCAAAGAGUAUACUAUAAAUGGCCUCAGCUGCUGCAGUAAUGAAUAACUACGGAGAGGAGGACAUUGUUCGACCUGUUGCUGACUUCUCUCCAAGUCUUUGGGGUGAUCGUUUCCAUUCGUUCUCCCUCGACAAUCAGAUUGCUGGAAAAUAUGCUCAAGAGAUCGAUACUUUGAAGGAACAAUCAAGGCUUAUAUUAUCUGCAUCUUAUAUAAGAACAUUGGCUGAGAAAUUGGAUCUGAUAGACAUUGUUGAGCGCCUUGGUAUUGCUUAUCAUUUUGAGAAACAAAUAGACGAUAUGUUGGAUCAAAUUUACAAAGCAGAUCCUAAUUUUGAGGCUCAUGAAUACAAUGAUUUACAAACUUUAUCCGUUCAAUUUCGACUAUUGAGACAACAUGGUUACAAUAUCUCCCCAAAACUUUUUAGCAGAUUCCAAGAUGCAAAAGGCAAAUUUAACGAAUCUCUUAGUAACGACAUCAAGGGUCUUUUGAACUUAUACGAAGCCUCACAUGUAAGGACUCAUGGAGAAGAUAUUUUGGAAGAGGCACUUGCUUUCUCUACUGCUCAUCUUGAAUCUGCAGCUCCACAUUUGAAGUCACCUCUGAGUAAGCAAGUCACACAUGCCCUUGAGCAAUCUCUCCAUAAGAGCAUUCCAAGAGUUGAGACACGAUACUUCAUCUCUAUCUACGAAGAGGAGGAACAGAAGAAUGAUGUGCUGCUUCGAUUUGCCAAACUGGACUUCAACUUACUUCAAAUGUUGCACAAACAAGAACUAAGCGAAGUAUCAAGGUGGUGGAAAGAUUUGGAUUUUGUGACAACACUUUCAUAUGCUAGGGAUAGAGCAGUGGAAUGUUACUUUUGGACGAUGGGGGUGUAUGCUGAACCUCAAUACUCUCAGGCUCGUGUCAUGCUUGCUAAGACUAUAGCAAUGAUUUCUAUAGUAGAUGACACAUUCGAUGCUUAUGGCAUUGUAAAAGAACUUGAGAUCUACACCGAUGCCAUACAGAGGUGGGAUAUUAGCCAAAUUGAUCGGCUCCCUGAUUACAUGAAAAUCAGUUACAAAGCACUUUUGGAUCUCUACAAUGAUUAUGAAACGGAGUUGUCAAAGGAUGGCAGGUCCGAUGUUGUACACUACGCAAAAGAAAGAAUGAAAGAAAUCGUGAGAAACUAUUUUGUGGAAGCAAAAUGGUUCAUUGAAGGAUACAUGCCACCUGUUUCUGAGUAUCUUAGCAAUGCAUUAGCUAUUAGCACUUAUUACUUGCUUACGACAACGUCCUACUUAGGCAUGAAGUGUGCUAACAAGGAAGAUUUUGAAUGGUUGGCCAAGAACCCUAAAAUCCUUGAAGCCAAUGUGACCUUAUGUCGAGUCAUUGAUGACAUAGCCACCUAUGAGGUUGAGAAGGGUAGAGGUCAGAUUGCCACUGGAAUUGAGUGUUACAUGAGGGAUUAUGGCGUGUCAACAGAAGUAGCAAUGGACAAAUUUCAAGAAAUGGCUGAGACAGCAUGGAAGGAUGUAAAUGAAGGAAUCCUUCAACCAACUCCCGUGUCUACAAAAAUUCUCACACGUAUUCUCAAUCUUGCUCGCAUUAUUGAUGUCACUUAUAAGCAUAAUCAAGAUGGAUACACUCAUCCUGAAAAAGUACUAAAACCUCACAUUAUCGCCUUGUUGGUGGACUCUAUUGAAAUUUAAAUCAUCAAUUGCUUUGUACAUCUGGGAGCACUUGGUUCCCAGCCCCUCAAAUAAGUAUUUGAUUGGUGGCUUGUUCGGAUUUCUGUUGCUAGAUAGGGCAGGAGCUGCUGGCGACACAUGUUAUUGUUCAGUCAAGUUACCUCCCUAAAUUUUUUUGUAUCAUUAUUGACAUUUGAAAUACAUAUCACUUCUUUAAACUAAAUACUCUUGAUCUCGAGCUUGAACCUAUUAAUGUACAAUUAGACUGCAGAAGUUACCGGCAAAAUUUUCAAUGGAGGGUUCCAUAAAGGAAACAAUAUAUGCUAAGAACAUGAUUCCACAGAAGAAAAUAACAAGAUUUACAUAAAUAAUAAUAUUCUAAACCAAUAUAUGUGUAUAAUAAGUGGAUAAAGCUUGAAAAUAUUUCCAUAAAUCAAUCAAGUUGGGAUGGAAAUAAAACUUAAGACCACCAUAAUCUCAAACAUAAAAUCAUUUCAUUUUAAGCAAUUUACCUUCUUUUGUCGAGUUCUAGGACAUUAUAAAGUCAUAGACAGAGAAAUAAAAGGGAAGAAAAGGAGGGAUUGUGGGGAGAGGAGAGCCAGGGAAGAGGCAGUGCAUGGAAUAGGCAAGUAAAAAUUGCACAUCUCAUGCUCUGUCUCGUCCCCGUCUAUCCAUACCACACCAUAUUUUACCUCAACAGAGACUUCAUUUACCCAUGCUUUUAACAUUCCUUCCAUCUAGAGAAAAAAAAUAAAGACGAAUCGUUUUUUUUUUAAUUGUCGAUGGCCAA